UUGGGCGUGGUUCUGUUCCCAAUUGGAGCGCACUUCUUGGGCGAGGUCAACGUCACAUUUGGCCUUGAACCAAUAGAACGGCGCGCGUUUGCACGAUCUGGCCAAUGCCAUGGCUCACGCGUCACGCCCGUUGCCCAGCCAAUCAGGCAACACCACACAGCCGAUGCACAACACCACCUUCACCGGCGACGCACCCAUGCCCAGUCGUGUUUGUUGAAAAAAGGCCAAAAGAUUGACACGCUAAGUACAAGCUCGUUGAGAGGCAAGGCAGCUGCUAUCACGCCAACGCGAACGCAUUAUCGAUCUCCAACAGGCAGCGAGGUGGCUUUGGGUGUACGCAAACCCUUCAAAGCGGUGCCCAGUGCUGCACUGCUGAAGUUCGCUCGCGACUACACUGCCGGUGAAGUAGUCAACGAAUCCAUGUCGACCACAACAAGUUCCGCCAUCAUGCGACACUUGAAUGGCGGCACCCGACUGAAGACCGAUUCUGGGUUGGAAGGAGGUGGCGGAGGCGGGGGCGGUUACGGUGAUGGGACUAACAAUGGCAACGCCUCGGACACCAGUGGUACCCCGCCUGUCGCCAAUCUCUCGGAGGAGUCCAUGAUGGUUCUCUCGCAGUCGGUAGACUCGAUUCACACCAUCGCCACUACUGGUGGAAGUGAUGCCAUAGACCACCAAGUCCGCACCCUAUUUGUCAGUGGUUUACCCCUCGACACCAAAUCCCGUGAACUCUAUCUCCUCUUCCGCGGGUUCAAGGGUUACUUGUCGUCAACGCUGAAACCUGCGGGCAAAAACGGCAAACUAACAGCGCCCGUCGGAUUCGUUACGUUUGAGACCCGUGAACAGGCCGAAAAUGCCCUAAACGAGCUUCAGGGAGUCAAGUUUGACCCCGAGGGAAAUCAGCACAUGAGACUGGAGUUUGCUCGAAGCAACACGAAGGUGACAAAGCCGAAGUGGCCCUUAGGUGUCCCCCUGCCGCCAGGUGCGACAACUGGCUUCCCCUUUAUUCCUGCUGCUGCUGGUACCCCUGUCAACUUGUCGCCGAUUGGUCAACAAGCCGGAUUCCCAGGAAUGCUACCCUCCAACUUCCUGCCGCAUUUGGCUGGAUUCGAUCCUACAACGAUGGCUCUAAUUGCAGCACAGGAUCCGACACAAUGGACAACAAAUCCCUACUUCGGCGGUGACAAUUCCGGUCUCUUUACGUCGAUGGCUGCUGCACACGGUCUUGCACCGGCGGCUUUACUGCAAGCCUCAAACUUUCGGCCAAUUCUGCCAAUGACGGCCGGCGGUGCGACUCCAGUCACCCAAUCAGGCGCGACCCAAGUAGCCAAUCAUCUUCAGCUUGUACAAGCUGCCCUUCAGGCAACCAAUGCGGCGGCAGCACUUGGACUAAUGGCCACGGGUGGCAGCAAUCUGCAGCAACAGGGGGCUGGAGCGACACCUGGCAGGACACCCCAAGGAUCUUCACCAACUGGAUCUGUCAAUUCAUCGGGGAAUCAUUCCCAGCCAGCAUAUUCCACGUUGCAAAGUCAACAGCAGCAGCAGCAGCAGGUAAUGGGCGCAGCGCAGUAG